AUGAAGAAUUCCGUCCAGAAAGUCCAACUAACAAUAUACGCUACAAUACUGAGUCUGACGCUCGUCUGGCUCGUUAUUUCCGUUACCGACACUGCCGUAUUGGCUUUGCGCGAGUGGGAGUUUCUCCCCUGCGUGACUAGGCAUCAUCAUCACAUAUCGACCGAGAAGCAACAGCCGCCGCCCUUUAAUAUUGAAUAUCUCAAUUUCAUAGACGGCGACGACGAACAAAAAGAAGAUAAUACCAAGGCCGAAGUUCCUUCGCCGCAAAACGUGAUCAUGCCUCCAGUCACCGGCGGCGGCGACGCCUCAAACCUCAUAGUCUCCGACCUCCUAGUCAAAACCCCCAAAAUCAACGUCUUCGCCUCCUUAACUCGCGAUUUCUACCCCAUCGCAAGCCGGCUGAAUGACAAGUCCCAAAACACCACGGUCCUUGCGCCCCUAAACUCGGCCAUAAACUCUUUGCCGCGGAAACCAUGGGAAGAUCCGGAGGACUACGAACGCUUCGGUAAGGCACAAGCGUAUAAAGGUGAUGAAGGAAAGGAUAGAGCGCAGAGGAACCUGCAGAGGUUUGUGGAGGCGCAUUUGGUGCCCGUUAGUCCGUGGAGGGAAGGGGAGGAGGUUGAGACUGUUGGUGGGGGAAAGGUGAAGUGGGUUAAGGAGGGGGAUACUGUUUUUAUUGAGCCCGGACAUAUUGAAGUUGAUAGCACUGCUUCGGAAGUGUCGAAUGGGAACGUGUGGGUUCUCAAGGGGGUUGUUAAUUACCAAUGA